UACAACAUCUGAUAAAUUUUCCAUUUUUUUGCAAAGAUAGCUUUCAGCACAAUCGCCGGUCUUCAAUGAUCGAUGGAUAGUGAUUGAUAUAAGUGAUAUCAUUAAAAACUUUUUACAAUGUCUUCAUUAUUUGUUAAUAUUAUGAAGCAUACAUUGCUGACAUUUAAAAAUUUGGAUAAAACGAACCAAAAUACUUUUAACAGUAAUUUCGCUAUACUUAAGCAACUUGCGGAGCAAUUAACAUAUCGUGAUCUCAAUUUAAAUCAUCAGGAGCUAUUUAGUGAUUCUGCAUUUCGACCUGGACAUGCACCAUGCAAGUUUAUACAUAUUUUUGAGAACGAUGUUAUGUCUAUGAGUGUUUUUGUAAUGCGUCCUGGUUAUACAAUGCCAUUGCACGAUCAUCCGAUGAUGUAUGGUUUAUUGCGAGGAAUUCAUGGAAAGCUGUCCGUUAAAAGUUAUACGCAACAUAUACCAACUGAUGUACCAUUUGUAUACGAUCAUUCCGGACGAGAUGUAUAUGCUGUGGCAGAGGAGCCAACCAUAGUAUCACCAAAUACUUCUUGUGCAAUAUUGACACCCUAUGAAAGAAACUUUCAUGAAAUUACAGCUGUAGGUGGUAUUGCUGCUUUCUUUGAUAUACUUAGUCCACCAUACGAUGCUGAUAUACCAAACUAUGGUACGCGAAGGUGCCAAUUCUAUCACGCUAAACAACAAACUGUUUCAGACUUGUCACUAAUACGUUUAGAAAGAAUUGCAGAACCCUUAAGCUAUUACUGUGAUACUGUUGAAGUAGAUGAGGCUGUAGCUAAAAGUACCAAUUACUGUACACAAUGACUACAUUUAUAUUUAAGUAUUUUAUGUUUAAUCCAUUUUAAGUGUUCUAU